CGCAGAGGCUGAGAGAUCAGAAACCACAGCAGCAAGUCAUCAAUUCCUCACAGCCGCCGCCAUGGUGAAGUACUCGAAAGAGCCCGAGAACCCGACUAAGUCUUGCAAGGCUAGGGGUUCUGAUCUCCGUGUUCAUUUCAAGAACACAAGGGAGACAGCGUUUUCCAUCAGGAAGUUGUCAUUGGUUAAGGCAAAAAGUUACUUGGAAGAUGUCAUUGCCCACAAGCAGGCAAUCCCUUUCAGGAGGUUUUGCCGUGGUGUUGGCCGAACUGCUCAAGCUAAGAACAGAGGUCAUCCCAAUGGACAGGGUCGUUGGCCUGCCAAGUCUGCCAAGUUUGUUCUCGAUUUGUUGAAGAAUGCAGAGAGCAAUGCUGAGGUUAAAGGGUUGGAUGUCGAUGCUCUUUACAUUUCUCAUAUCCAGGUGAACCAGGCUCAGAAACAAAGACGUCGUACUUACCGUGCACAUGGAAGGAUCAACCCUUACAUGUCCAGUCCUUGCCACAUUGAGCUUACCUUGUCUGAGAAGGAAGAGCCCGUCAAGAAGGAGCCCGAGACCCAGGUUGCGACUACUGGGAAAUCAAGGAAGUCUCAAGCUUUGCGAAGCGGUGCAUCUUCUUAAGCGUGCCCGUAUUAUCCUGUGUUUCAGAGAGUUUUUGUUUGUUUUUCCUAAACUAGAGAUGGUGAAGUCUAUUUAGAAGAAGUGAAUCGAACUUGAUACAUUCAGUGGAGUUUUGUAUCUGCCUUUUAUUGUUCUAUCAAGAAUUUUGUGGGUGGAUAUUGUUGUUUUCCCCUUUAUGAGGUUGGUUUAUGUUUUUCCAUUGUGGAAGACUUCUCAGUUCUCCCUCUCUUCUCAGUUCCUUAAAUGGAAGGACACUCUGGUUGGUUAUCAGGUACACGUAGGGAUGGCAACAAAACCCAAACCCACGGCUACCCACCCGACUCAAACCGGUUAAUGUGGGUAAAAUCUGUUUGACGGGUUUUAGGCCGUGUUUGGGUUUUAGCCCGUUCACUAUUCAUCGGGUUGGGUUGGGUUUGGUUUUUGGUAAACCCGACCUAUCGGUACACGUCCACACCCAUGUAGUUAAUUUUCUUGGUAUAUCUAAUAUUCUGAACAACUAAUCUUAUUUAUAUUUGAGGAGACAUGUCUAAUUUUUUCUUUCUAACUGUGUAGAAUGAAGUUGAUGUCAUCGAGUGGAGAGUGAAGAAACUUAAUUGAAAGGAAAAAGCUUUCAAUUAAUCAUGUUAUUUAUGGAUAAUUUGUGAUUUGCUUUAAUUUUAUUGAGUUUUCUAGAUUGGUGUUGAACAAUUUGUAUAGUUAAUUUGUGAUUUGCUUGAAUUUUCUAGAAUGGUGUUUUAUAUAUGGAUAAUUUGUAUUGAGAGAUUGAUAUUUGACUUUAAUUUUGAUAGGAACUUGUUAUUGUAAAUUUUUUACGACAAAAACCCGUGGGUACCCAUGAACCCACGGAUACCCAGCGGGUUGGGUUGGGUUUGAGUUUUUCAAACCCAGUGGGUUUUAUCCCGGGUUUUUUUCACGGAUAAACCCAUGUGUUUGGGUUUGGGUUUGGCAAAACCCAACCCAACCCGACCCAUUGCCAUCCCUAGGUAUGCGUUACGAUCUUGAUUAGCUUGUAGGAUAUACAAGUUCUGCUCAAACGCUCAUAACAAGUAUCUCAGCCGGUUGGUAUAUAUAACUUAGGGACUAGGGAGUGUGAAAUCAUAUGGUCGGUAUUAGUUAAUAUGGUAUUUUUAAAACCGUACCCGAAGUCAACGAUAGAGUAUGAUAGUAUUUUAUACUGAAUUGUAGUAUGAUCGUAAUUGAAUGGUUUCCCAACACUAAAUAGUAAAAUACUACCUACUAAUUUGAUUUUCCCAACACUAAAAGCUUUUCUGACGAUACGGUAGUUAGGGUGGCAACGGGGCGAAUCGGGGUCGGGUACCCUGGAUCCUUGCCCACCCACCAUGGGCUUCAGGUUUCCACCCUCGUCCCCAAUGGGUGAUCGGGUGCUCGUGGGUCCGUUAUACCCGCUAAGAAAACAUGAUUAAAAAA